AUGGUGGGGCUCGGUAUUGGAGCACCAAUUGUGCAGGUUUAUCAUGAGAAAUCUUUUAUCUUACCAGAUGUUUCAAGGGUGCUUGCAUGCCUUUAUGAGAAGGAUGUCAAGUUUGAGACUCACACAGCCUCUUACAAGAGCUUACUCAGACUGCAGGCAUCAUCACAUGCUCCAGUUCCAUUCUAUGAUGGCCCUACAUUUCUAGAAGAAUCCAGAGAAAUCUGCCGUUAUAUAGCAGAAAAGUACGAACAUCAAGGAUAUCCAUUCCUCCUUGGGAAGGAUACCCUUGAGAGGGCUUCAGUUGAGCAAUGGCUCCACAACGAGGAGCAUGCUUUCAACCCUCCAAGCCAGGCCUUGUUUUGUCAUUUGGCCUUUCCCCUGGGUGAAGAAGAAGAUGAUGAUAUUGACAUUCAUACAAGGAAGCUAGAAGAGGUUCUGGAAGUUUAUGAGCAAAGGCUCAGUGACAGUGAAUUCCUAGUUGGAAACAAGUUCACUCUUGCCGACCUUGUUCACCUGCCAAACUCCCACUAUAUCAAAGCGUCUAACAAGUUUCUUUACCUUUAUGAUUCGAGGAAAAAUGUAAGGAGGUGGUGGGAUGCUAUUUCUGAUCGGGAUUCUUGGAAGAAAGUACUGAGGUAUAUGAAGAGGGUGGAGGAGCAGAACAAACAAGAACUCAAGAAGCAGCAGCAGCAGGAGGAGGAGGAGGAUCCUAGAACCUCUGCUGACUCAAUUCAGCUAGACCCUAGAAAGCAGAUCAGAACAGAGCCUCGGACAAUAUUGGUUCCUCCUACUGAUACCGUGUCAUCAUCUUCCAUAGUUCCUCGAACAAAGAAGCCUCUUCCUAGUGAUACUUCCCCUGAUGAAUUACUGAUAUCCUCAAGCCAUAGUACUCCUGCUGCUGAUAAAACUUCAGCUGUCCAAAGCAAGGAAACUACCAUCUUUACUAACCCUCAAGAAACACCACCACCCUCAGUUCAAAGUACUCCUGUCACUUCUAAAAAACACACUAUUCCUGUCCAAAGCACUAAACAUGCUACUUCCCCAACCACUGCCAAGAAGCCCCCAAUAACUGAUGCAGCCAAGUCGAGCACCAAAGAUGCUUCGAUCCUCGAAUCAAGUUCAUCCAAGGAUGUUUCUAGUGACCUUGAUGUGUUUGAUCACUACCCAAGCCAUACUGAUGCAGAUACACCAUAUAUUGAACCUACUACACGAAAAACUUCAGAAACAUUGGAUGCAUUCCCUGUGUCCAACAUUGGCACUGGUUAUACUAAAACCAGUUCUAUAUCAGCCAGAGAAGAGCCUGACCAACCCACUGCAUCUGAUUUCUACAAGAGUAACAGCACAGGCACCAGUGUUGAUUCUCGGUUCAAAGAAUCAGUUCCAUAUUCUGGCUGUACUCCACCAGAACUUGAACCUACAGAUACUUCUGCUAGCAAGCUCCACACAACUGAUGUUCAUCAUAGGCAGCAGGUUGAGAAGUGGCAUUCUGCUAAAACUGGAUUAAAUGACCUAAAGCAUGAUGAUGCUGAUCAUUUAGUGUCUACUCAACAAGGAAAACCAAGAAAAGAUGUGCAGCAGUAUCCAUCACAAGAUUCAGAACAGGCAACCUCACAUUCUGUUCCUCAAGAACCAAUGAGUCGAGAUGUCUUGUCUCAACUUGAGGAUUAUGCAUCUUCUGAUCAGGGAGGUGCUUUACUGCCCCCUUCUACACAAGAACAUGGUGUUACUCCAUCAAGGGAAGCUGCAGCUAAAGAUGCUCGCAGGAGAAUUUCAUCCCAAGCAGCGUAUCCAGGUGGUCAAGAUACCAGCAAGCAACCCAGAGACCAUGGUUUUGUACCAAGGCAGGGAGAACCUCAAGAUGCUAGGGAGAUAUUUGAUGAAUCACAGGCUCCAGAUUCCACUAUAUCCAGUGAGAGAUUUUCAUAUACUUCUCAAUCGUCUCUCCCAAGACAAGAUUUAGAUGGUGCUCAUCAUGCUCCUGCACCAUUUGAAACGAGAUAUCCUGGAGCUCAAGAUACUUCCAAGCAAGCUAAAGACAAAAUUUCUACCCCAUGGCAAAUGACAGACCAUGAUGCUGGAGAUGUCAAAGAAGAAACAAAAGUUUCUGAGUCUUCGUCAUUCCAAGUGCAACCUUCAUAUUUUGAGAGGGCCGAUGCUCCUUCACGGAAGCAACAAACAAUUGAUGACACCUUCAAAGAAACAAGAUAUCAGACUCCUCCAUCCAAAGCAAGAUAUCCAACUGCUGAAGAUGCCAGCAAGCAACCAAGAGGGACUGCGCCAACACCUAACAAGAAAGCUGCCCAAGAUGAUAAUGACACCUCUGAAGAAUCAAAGACUGCCGAUGAAGUAGCAUCAACUGAGCAGCCUUUAGAUGCUUGGAGAUCACCUGUUUCUCCACGAAGACAAAAGGUCGAGGAUUCUUCUAGGUCAGAUACAUCAUUCCAAAAGAGAUAUCCUUAUGAUGAAGAAGACAUACAAGUUGCCAACACUGCUUCUGUGUCAUGGCAAAUUGCACCUGAUGGUGGUAAAAAUAUCUUUGAAGAAACAAAACUUCCUGACUCUACACCAACAAAUGCAAAACCUGUGUACACACCGCGAGCUCCUUUUCCUCCUCCAAGGCAAACAGAAGUUAAAGAUGCUAAGGACAAAGGCAGACAAAGUAGAGUAACCAUUCCUGAAUCACAGAAAAUGGUGUCAGGGGAUGCCCAAACCACACAUGGAGAAAGGAAGACUGGUACACCUGGAGAGCAAUCUUCAGAUCGUCUGCAAGCUACUCCUCAAUCAAGGCCACCAGCAGCUAAAGGUUUGUCUACCAAAGAAGAAAUAACCAAUGAACAGACAGUGGUGCCACCUCUAUUGAGCAAUGAACCAACUUCUCGAGUUCAACCUGCCUCUGAAUCCUUACAAGAAGUAGCUUCCCGUGGAGGUUUGUCUACCAAACCAUCCACCAUUGAACAAUGGCAGCGUGCAACUGUGCCACUAAAUGACAUAGCUUCUAGUUCUGGUGAUGGUGAAAUUGGAGCAGAGACACCUGGUGUCCAAAGUGCUUCACCAUCAUUCCCAGGAGCUUCCACAGCUCGUCAUGCCACUAGUGACGAUAAGUUUGGUAGGCAGUCGAUUAUUGAUGAAAGAGUUGGAGAACCAACAAAAAUGCUACCAACUCCAUAUUCUGCUCCAGCACAUACCAAGAGAGAAACUCCUGAUGGUCAUGAAAUCGUUGAUUCAGAGCUUUUCAGCACACCUGAUGGACAUAUAUCAGAGGCUGCAAAAAUUAGACAGGAUCAAGCCACAGUCCAUGAAGAUGUUCAUGACGCCAAUUUGUCAGCUUAUGAUGUGGCUAAAGAUACCUUCAAAGAAGCAAAGGUUGCUGAGUCUACACCAUCUAGUGCAAAACCUAUGUACUCUCAACAACCUGCUCCUACUCCAAGGCAUGCAGAAGUGGAAGAUACUUGGGACAAAGGGAUGAAAGGUAGAGAAGAUGUUCCUGACCGACAACAAAUGUUGGAAAAAUGGGCAGGUACAGCCGGAGAGCAAGUUUCUGAUCAUUGGAAAGCAAGUGCUCCAUCAAGACAGGCAGCAGCUGAAGAUGUUCGUGGUGCAACUGGUGAUACAAUACAGUCUCCAGAUGUUCUUGACACUUCCAAGAAAUCUAGAGGUGCCUAUGAAGAAGCUAAAGGCCCUGGCUCUGUUAAGGAGGAGAAGACGUCCUCUAUUUACCAGAAGAAGCCUCUGGUGGCACAAGACAGUCAGGAGCAAGCUCAAACCAUCCCAGCUGGUGAGAAAGCAGAUGGUUCUAUACGAAAGCAUCAACAAGCUUCUGAUGCUCCAACUACUUUUGUUGAGAAAUUAGAUGCUUCAGAACCAGCAAGAGUAAAAAGUCAUGGUGACUUCAGUGCUGAACAGCCAUCUAGAAAAGACACCACUGAUGACCAGAAAGUGGCACCGCCUCUUUCGACUAGAGAACUAACUUCCCAAGUCCAACCUCCCUCUGAACCAUCGUAUGAUGCAGCUCUCCACAGAGAUUUGUCUAGCAAACCAUCCACCAUUUAUCAAUGGCAACUUUCAUCUGCGCCAUUACAUGAUGUGACUAGUAGUUCCGGUGAUGAGGUGGCCAGGUUGACCGUUGAUGAGAAGCCAACACCAACGAGUCAGCAAAAAUCUGAUGAGCAAAGAGCAGAACCACCCGUACCAAUAGAAGCAGAAAUAUCUGAUGUUCAACAUGCUUCACCAUCAUUUCCAGGAGCUUCCAUGGAUAAUCGUGCCACUAUUGAUGAUAAGUUUGCCAUGCAGUCAAUUAUUGAUCAAAGAGUUGGAGAACCAACACAAAUGCAAACAUCAAGUCCAGAUGCUUAUCCUGCUUCAGAACCUACUAAGAGAGGAACUCCAGAAGGUCAUGAAAUUGGUCAUUUAGAGCUUGUCAGUACACCUGGUGGACAAAUAUCAGAAGCAAAAAAAGCUAGAGAUGAUCCAGCCAGAGCAGAUAUUCAUGAUGGUCACAGUGCAGAAGAGCAAUAUAAAAAAUACACUGUCGAUGAUCAGAAAGUGGCUUCAUCUCUAUCAAGCAAAGAACCAACAUCCCAAGUGCAACCUGCCUCUGAACCAUUACAAAGAGCAGUUCCUGAUGGGGAUUUGCCUAGCAAAUCAUUCACCAUUGAUCAAUGGCAACGCACGGCUACUCCCUUACAUGGUGUAAUUACUGAUUAUAGUGAUGAUGAGGCAGCCAAGUCUUCUAACAAUGAUCAAAAGACAAGACCGAUGAGUCAAGAAGCAACUCCAAGUUCACAGAGUGUCAACCAGAUGGCCAAACAAUCUGGUGAGCAAAGGGUCGAACCACCUGUACCAAUUGUUGCAGAAGCAUCUGAUGUUGGACGUGCUGCACCGUCACUCCCAGAAGCUGCCAGAGCUGAUGGUUCCACUAUCAGUGACAAAUUUACUGAGCAGUCCAACAUUGGUGAAAGAGUGGGGAAACCAAAACAAAUGCAAGCACCAAUUACAGCUGCUCGUCCUGAUUCAGCACCUACCCUGAGAAGAACUCCUGAUAGUCAUGAAGCCGGUGAGCUUGUCAGCGCGUCUGAGGGCCAAAGAUUAGAGGGUGCAAAAGCUACUCGAGAUCCUGCCACAAUCCACGAACAUGUUUAUGAUGCCAGUUUGUCAACUCAUGAUGCAGCUAUUGAUGAAAAGACAGCAACAGAUCAUGCUAGUGGUGAUGAGGUUGUCACAGGAUCUUUACAUGAUCACCAGACACCGCGACCUGCAUCAAUUCAAGUACAGCCAACUGUUGAGACUCCACAUGACUCUGAUUCAUUCCAAUAUGUACAUACUGGUGACUCGGGAAAAGCUGAAUUGGCAAAACCAACUGUAACUGAUCAAGAAGCAACAGUGCCUGCAGCUGGCCCAACAUCAGCGGAUCCCCAACGCGCUGACAUCGUACCAGCUGGAGUAGCCCAUUCAGAACAGAAAUCCACUCCGUCAGAUAAAGGAUCAGCUCGUGCUGCACAACAUCCUUCCCCUGUUGAACCAAUAAAGGCAGACAGUAAUGUUUCUGCAGCUAAUUAUACUAAUGCGCCGCAAAUGAUUUUUCGGCAACAGGCCAGACCACCUGCACCGAGCACAAUAGCAAUUCGAACCCCAGAUACCCAGGGUGUUAUAGGGAAAAUCCAGGAGGUAGCUCCUGAUAACCGCGGCACUGAUGACUCAGGAAAACCAUCUGUUCCAAAUCAAGAACAUGUUUCACAUGAAUCAGAAGCAAUCCCUGGUCAAGAAGAAAUGAAAUCUCCACAAGGCGCAAGAGUUUUUCCAACGUCAGAUAUCCAACUUUCCUCGGCAGAUGUUCAUGAAGUCACCCCCGAUGGUCAACAGACUGUUGAGUCAAUUACUCCAUUGGUUUCAAGUGGAAAACAAGGUUCUCAUGUCAGAUCUCCUUUCAAACCAGGCGAAAUGAAGAAUCACCUCAUUCUUCAGAAGAGUCGAUCUCUGGUGAAACCUAGGAAAGAGCAAACUGUUAUUCCCACUGCUGAACAGACCACGACACAGCCAACAAUCAUUGGUCGACAAGACAUACCAGACAGAAAACAGGCUCUGACAUCAGAAGACACACUUAAUAAUACAGCUAGCCAUGACGAUGUUCACGAUACUGGUACCAUUGAACCUGCCAGAAGACCUUUAUCAGUUGAAGGGGAAGAACUAACGCCUGCAACUCAAGCACCAUCACCUAGUGUGGCUAGAGACUCCUUCCACACUGAGCUGGAAAAUGUUCAGUCAGUGAAACCAUCAGCAACUCCAGAUGCUCGUGACAGGACACCUAGUAGUGCACCUGGUGAAGCAGCGCUUGCUGAGCAAAAAUCUGCCUCAUCAGGUCAAGGUUCUGCUGAUCCUGCACAACCAGCUUUCUCUCUUGGUCCAAGGAAUGAGGAGAUUAGAGAUUCGUCUCCUUCAGCUAUGCUAAUUUCCUCUACUGAUCCAAGUAAAGGAGAUCCUAUGGUUGCUGUACGUGAUCAAGCCAAGGACUUGCAAACAAUUCCUGGCCAACAAGACAUAUUGUCUACCGAACAUCCUUCAGAGAAGGUUCAGGAAAAUAUACCUGGUGAUAACUUGGGCAAAGCUAAACCUUCAAGACCAUCCUCUGCUAUUCAAGAAGGCAAGCCUUCAAAAGCAUCAGCUUCGGGCAUACAGCUUGGUAGUGCACCAAAUGAAUUAUCCGUUGAUGAACAGAAGUUUGUUCCACCAGAGCCAAGGAGCAAGGAGAUUGGAGAUUUAGCUCCUUCCACACAGUUAGAUUCCACUACUGAUCCGAGAAAUAAAGAUGUCAUUGUUGCUGCACCUGAUCAAACCACGGACUCCCAAACAACUCCUGGGAGACAAGUAAAAUUUUCUGCACCAUCCUCUCAGGGUCCUUUAGGGAAACUUCAGGAAGAUGAACCUGCUGAUGACUCAGGUGAGAAAAAGUCAUCCAAACCACCCUCUGUUCAAGAAGGCAAACCUGCUGCAGCAGUCCCAGUAUCAGCUCCGGACACACAACAUGGUGCUGCACCAGAUCAAGUUGCGGUUAAACAAAAGUUUUCUCCGUCAGGUCAAGAUUCUGUCCAUUCUGUGCAGACGUCUUUCUCUACUGAACCAACAAAAGAAGACACUGUUGUUGCUCCAACAGAUCAAACCAGCACACUUGAAAGAACAGUUGAUCAAAAUUACAUGACAACUGCUGCAGACAAAGCAAAAACUCCCUUCUCGGGUACUCCUGAUGCUUCAAGUAAAACUCAGAAAAGUACCGAGGAUGAUCACAUUGAUGAGAAACUUCCAAGCCAGGGGCAAGUUUCUCCUGAUAGGCAUGUUUCUGAGUCACCCCAAGGACGUAGCCCUGAAGCCCACAGUGAUGUUGUUGAUAAGGAGACAACGCUUGGAUCUAGCGAAGCAGAAACUUCAAAAACUGGACCUGGUUCAACAUCAAUCAGUGCUGAUGGUCGUCUUAGCAGCAGUGACAUGCCAGCAGCAGGUUCUUUGCCAGAAACACAGGAUCUGCAGGACUCUGCAUCUGCCCAGAAUGUACUUACUGAUUCCUUAGGAAAAAUCGAGUCGCCAGGACACGUUUCAACUGAUCAAGCCAUGGCACCUACAAUGAGCCCAUCUUUACCUUCAGUUGCUCCCCUAGGUACUGUACCAGGUACAAAUUCAGUCCAGCCACCACGGCAAGCUUCCACAACAUCUACAGUGGACCUAGAAUCUGUUCCAGACACCCAGAAUGGUAUCCCACAGGGCAAAGCCACCCCAGGUGAACAGAAAUCUGCUAUAUCUGAUCAAGAACCCGCACAUACUACAGAACGCCCUUCCUCCACUGAACCAAGGAAAGAAGAAGCAAAUACUGCUGCAGGUGAUCAACCAAAUGUAACACAAGGUACAGAGACAACUGUUCGACAUCAAGCCAAGGCACCACCACCAGAUUCAAGAGAGGCUUUACAGAAAUAUCAGCAACCCUCUCAUGCUGUGCUUCCUUCUGACAUACGUGACGGACCUACUCCUGGAGUGCGCAGUGCUGUUGUUGAUAAGGAGACAACACAAACUUCAGUCAAUGAGCCUAACUCAACACCAACCCGUGGGGAUGUGCUGCCUACAAGAUCUGUACAGAAUCAAGAAGCACAACCUCCUGCAGCAACUCAAGCACCAACUUCUCAGGGUCUACAAGACACUGCAUUUUCCCAGAAUGAUUCCUCUGGAAAUAUUAAGUCACCAAGACAAGCCUCAACUGAUCAAAUUGUGGCACCUGCGAUAAACUCUGCAGCACCAACAGGUGCUCCACAAGGUACUGAACCAGGUACAAAUUCUUCUCAAUACAUACAGUCCCCUCUCUUUACUGAGCCAACAAAACAAGACACUGUUGUUACUGCAGCUGAUCAAGCCGAGGACAUGCAAACAAUAACUCAUCAACAAACCAUUACACCUGCUCCAGACACAGCUAAACCUCCAUUCUCAGGUACUCAGGAUGCAUCAAGGAAAUUUCAGGAAAGUACUCCAGAUGAUGGGCCAGUGGAAACUUAUUCUCCUAACCCUGGAGCACAGACAAAACUACCUGCACCAACUCUAGAUGUAUCACCGUAUGCCUCGAGCAAGGCUAAGUCAACUGAGCAAGGAGAGAAGCUACCAACAGGGUACCAAGCAUCUUCUCCAGAAACUCAGCUUGGUUCCUCACAAACACAAGGCGAAGCUGCCCCAGCAGAACAAAAAUUUGCUGUAUCAGAUAAAAAAUCUGCCAAUGCCUCAAAAUCAUUUGCCUCUGCUGAACCAAGGGAAGAAGAUACAGAUGCUGCCACUGCUGAUCAAACCAGUGUACCACCGACAAAUGUUACCUGUCAGGUCACAAGCUCAACACCAGAUGCUAGUGACGCUUUAUCAAGAGACCAGGAAUCUUCUCCUGACGAUGGUCAGAUGAGAAAUUUGGGAAGCCCACUUAUUGCUAGCCAAGAAGACACCUCUCGUGCUGGACGUGCUUCUGAAGGAUCUACCCCUAAAGUGCAUAGUGCCAUUGUAGAUGAGAAGAGGACACUUCCAUCUAGCCAGGCACAAACUUCAAGCACUGGGCCUGAUUCAGCACAAAUUGGUGGUGAUGCUCUUCUUAGUGGUGCUGGUAUGCCAGCCACAAGCUCUAUGGAGAAGCAAGAGGCAGAACCUCCUGCAGCAACACAAGCACCAACUUCUAAGGGUUUACAAGACUCUGGAAAUAUCGAGUCACCAAAACAAGCCUCAACUGAUCAAACCGUGACACCUGCGAUGAACUCAGCAGCACCAUCCGAUGCUUCUGAAGGUACUGAACCAGGUCCAAAUUCUUCUCGAACCGUACAGACCCCUUUCUCUACUGAGCCAACAAAAGAAGACACUAUUGUUACUGCAGCUGAUCAAGCCGAGGACAUGCAAACAAUAACUCAUCAACAGGCCAUUAAACCUGUUCCAGACACUGAUAAACCUUCAUUCCCAGGUGCUCAGGUUGCAUCAAGGAAAUUUCAGGAAAGUACUCCUGAUGAUGGUCACAUUGAUGAGCCUCCUCGGGGAAGUUCUUUUGAACCACGUGAAGGACAAACUUUUGAUCCGUAUCGAACUAACGUUGAUGAAAAGACGACCACAUUUCCAUCUAGCCAAGCAAAUAUUUCAGAGUCUGGGUCUGAUUUAGCACCAACCCUUGGUGAUGUUGUCCCUUCAAUUGGUGAAGGGCCUGCAGAAAAUUAUUCUCCUAAGCCUGGGACACAAACACAAUUACCUGCAGCAACUCAAGAUGUAUCAUUUGAUGCCUCGAGCAAGGCUAAAUCAACUGGUCAAGCAGCCAAGGCACCGACAGGGUACCUAGCAUCUUCUCCAGACACUCAACUUGGUUCCUCGCAAACACAAGGCGAAGCUGCCCCAGCAGAAGAAAAACUUCCUGUAUCAGGUUCAAAAGGAGCUUCAUUUGAUGUUUUGAGUAAUGGGAAAACUACUACGACUCAAGAUCAAGUCAACACCCUACCAAAUGGCGAUCUUUCAUCCAACCAAGUAGUUGAGCAAUCUGAGAGUGCAGACUCCAAAGGAGUAAACUCCGGAAGGAACCUUGAAGGAGCAUCAACCAAUGAAGAAUCCAAGUCGCAGCAAGUUGACCAGUUUGGUACUCAAUCAUUUAAAGAUAACAACAAAGAAGCUGAUGGAACAGUAAGGUCUAACAUACCGAGAGCAUUUGAGGAACUCCAAGAACCACCUUCAAAGCUUAAGGGGGAAUCAAGUGAAGAACCAGAGAACGAACAACUGGCUGACCAAGCUGUUAUUGCACCGCGAGAGGGUAAUGAGAAGCAAGCUGAACAAAGUAAACCAAAUGAGAUUGAAACUGCUGAGCUAGAAGACAUUGAGGAUUCAGAAAAUACCAAUCUGAAGAACAACAGAAUAUCUCAAGUUGAAACUUUAGAUCAAUCAGGAAAACAAGCCUCAGUAUUUCAGCAGCUAGGCAAGAACACAAAAGAUGCCCCCAACUCAACUGAGGAUGCACCAGGUGAUGGCAAAGCUGUUAGUAAAUCCGAGUACAGCUCAAGAUCUUCUGAAGAAUCCAAGGUGCAGCUACAGUCUGAAGACAAGACCCAAGGUCAUGAAACUGACGCACCAAGCUUAGAAACUGGGCAUCCUAGCAAAGGAGGCCUUCCAGCAAAUAGCUAUCAGAAUAACAGUAGCCAAUCUCAGGCAGAAGCUUCAAAUAAAUCUGUUGAGCAAUCUUCUCCUGGUAUUCGGAACAAGGACAAUGACUCCAGCAGAUUAGAUGACUCAACUGAUCCCACCAAGCCUGAGACUUGA